AUGGCAGACGUCUUCCCGCCGUCAUACGAAUCCGCCACAACGCGAGAUGUAUGGCCGAUAAUUGCGCCUUUCGUCCUAUCUGCAGCAGAGCUAUGCUCUGCCUGUCUCGUCUCUCGAGCAUGGCAUGGCGUCUUCGCCCCCGUGUUAUGGGGUGCUCCCGCAUCGCACUUUGGGGCCAGAGACGACGCUGUCUACGGUGCGCAUAACUACCCAUACCACAAGCCUUCUUCCGCUAGACUGACUGUUGACAUUCACCGGCUCACGCAUACCUUACAUCUCCCGCCUGCGUUGGCAGAGAUAUAUGGUGAACCGCCGUCGAGAUGGUUGCAUGAGUUCAUGGAAUAUCUCCCAAAUCUGCAGUCUCUACUCCUUUCCAGGCUUCCUUUCUUUGACCACAGGUCCCUUGUUGCGCUAGGCAAGGGAGAAGGGUACAAUGCUCGUCUAUUUCUUGCUGAGCGUGAGAUGAAUGCGACGCCAGCCGGGCUGGUGGCAUUAUUGAACCGCUGUCUGCGUCUAGUAUAUCUUGAUCUAUCGUAUACCACCGCCGCAAGAGACUCGCGGGUUAUCCUCACCUUACGCCAGCUGCGAGGUUUACAGGCCCUGAAACUGCGCGGUAUAGGCUUGCAGGAUGAUGAUGUGGAAGUUCUAGCAAAAGUGAUCCAGACUCGUGUUAGACUGCUCGAUAUCGGAGACAACCGCCUUACAGAUAGAGGACUGAGCUUUUUGACCAACUGCUGUUUCUUACUUAACGACAGUGAUGCAAGCAGUAUUCGUGGAAAUGCGCAUUUUGGCCCACUAACAGGAGCGUUACUUGCUGAUUCCAUCCGGAGUGAACACCUGGGCGAUCAUCUACUGCGUCUCUUUACAAGAAGACUAAGUGGUCUUUCUGCGCUGGAAGAACUGCCUCAUGUUGGCCUUACCCAUCUAUAUAUUGCUGGCAAUAACAUCUCUGCGACUGGUCUGAUAGACUUGCUGCAUACGAAGAGGUUGAAUGUACUGGACGCUGGAGCUGUCAAAACUGGAAUGGAGAAGCUCAUACCAGUACUCAAGAGCCCAAUCGCUCAGAGCCUCACUUAUCUUAGAGCACACCAUUCUAUCCUCAGGGGACGGGAUACUACCAGGAAUAUGUCACCUCAGGAUCUACUUGCGGGUGGAAAGAACUCAACAUCAAUGAUUCAAAUGCUUCUAGGAAAGAGACCAGCCUUCUACAAGACCAACAUGGAUGAACCCCUAUAUCUUCAUCCAUCUAACGUCGCCCAUCUCCGAACGCUAGUUCUAACAGAUAUCCCAGCAUUUGUUACCUCAUCUUCACCAACUAUUUCCUCCAUCACUCGAUUCAUCUCUGCCUGUGCAGAUGAGGCUCUCCUCGCCUCGCUGCAAGCCGAGUCCAGUUACUCUCUUCCCCCUGGCCAGUACCGUGCCAAAGCUAUACAGCAGCAUGCAAAGGAACUCUUUGCGCUUGCUAUCAUCGUCCUGGAGAUAUCACCGGGCAAUAAGUUUAAAAAGCCGGAAUGUUCAUCCGCUUGGGUUCCUACAGGUUACUACCAGCCUAAUACUUUCAAAUCAAGCACUGGAGAUCUAGACUCGGAAAAUCUAUGGGCAGCCGCGUCGAAUGACUUUAGUUUCUUUGAUGAAGAUGAAGAAACACGUUCAACUCCGAACCCAGAGGUAGCUUUGCCUCCAGCACGAAUGGUUGACGUGGUUGCUGAAUUAGCUGCGUUCCGACGAGAGAAACGAGAUGCAUAUAGUAAAAGAGUACAAGGCACCAGUGGCACAGGGGUAUCGCCUGCUAAUGGUCAUUGGAAGGGAGAAGUAAGGAUCCAGAGGAACCGCCUUUAA